AUGGACUUCAUGCUCGGCGGCGUGUCUGGCGCAGUGUCGAAGACGCUGACUGCCCCGAUCGAGCGCGUGAAGCUCGUGGUGCAGACGCAGGAUGCCAACCCGAAGAUCCGCAGUGGGGAGGUGCCCCGCUACACCGGCAUGCUGGACUGCGCCCAGCGCAUCAUGAAGGAGCAAGGCUUCAAGCGAUUCUGGGACGGCAACCUGACCAACUGCAUCCGCUACUUCCCGACCCAGGCCUUCAACCUGGCCUUCAAGGACACGUUCAAGAAGAUGUUCCCAAAGUACAACCCAAAAACCGAGUUUUGGCAGUUCUUUGGCUCCAACCUGGUGUCGGGUGGUUUGGCAGCCGCCGCCAGCAUGACCAUUGUGUACCCGCUGGACUAUGCCCGGACGCGCUUGGCGUCGGACGUGGGGUCCGGCAAGAAGACCUUCAGCGGACUGGGCGACUGCAUCGUGAAGACAACGCAGGGCCCCGGUGGCUUCUUUGCCCUGUACACUGGCUUCGGCGUGUCUGUGUGCGGCAUCAUCGGCUACCGUGGCUUGCAGCUGGGUACCUUCGACACCAUCACCGGUUUGAACCCCUACAAGAAGGACAAGGGCAUCCUGGGAGCCGUCAGCACUUUCGCCGCGGCGCAGACGGCCAUCACCAUCGGUGCAGGUGCCACCUACCCCUUCGACACCGUUCGAAGACGCCUGCAGAUGCAGUCCGAGAAGCCUCCUGAGGAGCACAUCUACAAGGGCACCGCUGACUGCUUCAAGAAGAUUGCCGCCGAGGAGGGCCGCGUCCCCAGCUGCACCAAGGUGGCCGGCUUGGUGGCCGGCCUCUACAAGGGAUUCCUGGCCAACGUCGUGCGCAGCGUGGGCGGCGCAUUGGUGCUGGUGCUCUACGACCGUGCGAAGAUGUACCUCAACCUUUGA